AUUGACUGAUAACAAAGCUACUAUGAGUCUGUUAAACUGUGAAACCAGCUGUGGGUCCAAUCAGUCCUCAAGUGACUGUUGUGCUGCCAUGGCCACCUCCUGCAGUGCUGCGAUGAAAGAUGACAGUGUGAGUGGAUCUGCCAGCACUGGGAACCUCUCCAGCUCCUUUAUGGAAGAGAUCCAGGGGUAUGAUGUGGAGUUUGACCCACCUUUGGAGAGCAAGUAUGAAUGCCCGAUCUGCUUGAUGGCUUUACGGGAAGCUGUACAAACACCAUGUGGCCACAGGUUCUGCAAAGCCUGCAUCAUCAAAUCCAUAAGGGAUGCAGGUCACAAGUGUCCAGUUGACAAUGAAAUACUGCUGGAAAAUCAACUGUUUCCUGACAAUUUCGCAAAGCGAGAGAUUCUGUCCCUGACGGUAAAGUGCCCAAAUAAAGGCUGUUUGCAAAAGAUGGAACUGAGACAUCUCGAGGAUCAUCAAGCACAUUGUGAAUUUGCUCUUAUGAAUUGUCCCCAAUGCCAACGUCCUUUCCAAAAGUGCCACUUCCAUAUACACAUUAUCGAGGAUUGUCCCAGGAGACAGGUUUCCUGUGUGAACUGUGCUGUGUCCAUGCCAUUUGAAGAGAAAGAGAUCCAUGAUCAGACCUGUCCUUUGGCAAAUAUCAUCUGUGAAUACUGUGGUACAGUCCUCAUCAGAGAACAGAUGCCUAAUCAUUAUGAUCUAGACUGCCCGACAGCUCCAAUCCCUUGCACAUUCAGUGUUUUUGGCUGUCAUGAGAAGAUGCAAAGAAAUCACUUGGCACGACACCUGCAAGAGAAUACCCAGUUGCACAUGAGACUGUUGGCCCAGGCUGUUCAUGAUGUAAACCUUACUUUGCGUUCAUGUGAUACUUCCUCUCCAUCCCGGGGAUGUUGUCCAGAGGACCCAAAUUAUGAGGAAACUAUCAAACAGUUGGAAAGUCGCCUAGUAAGACAGGACCAUCAAAUCCGGGAACUGACUGCCAAAAUGGAAACUCAGAGUAUACAUGUAAGCGAGCUCAAACGAACCAUUCGUACCCUUGAGGACAAAGUUGCUGAAAUGGAAGCACAGCAGUGUAAUGGGAUUUAUAUUUGGAAGAUUGGCAACUUUGGGAUGCACUUGAAAUCCCAAGAAGAGGAGAAACCUGUUGUCAUUCAUAGCCCUGGAUUCUACACAGGCAGACCUGGGUACAAGCUGUGCAUGCGCCUGCACCUUCAGUUACCAACGGCUCAGCGCUGUGCAAACUAUAUAUCCCUAUUUGUCCACACAAUGCAAGGAGAGUAUGACAGCCAUCUCCCCUGGCCCUUCCAGGGUACAAUACGCCUCACAAUUCUUGAUCAGUCUGAAGCAGUAAUAAGGCAAAACCAUGAAGAAGUCAUGGAUGCCAAACCAGAGCUGCUUGCCUUUCAGCGUCCCACAAUCCCACGGAACCCCAAAGGUUUUGGCUAUGUAACAUUUAUGCACCUGGAAGCCUUAAGACAGGGAACCUUCGUUAAGGAUGACACGUUAUUAGUACGCUGUGAAGUCUCUACUCGAUUUGAUAUGGGUGGCCUUCGGAAGGAGGGUUUCCAGCCACGAAGUACUGAUGCAGGAGUGUAACAUCCAUAUACUCAUGUUAAAGAACUACAAACCACACGAAUGAACAACAGUGCCUUCCUUACCUGGUCUCAAAAAAGAAUAUUCAAACAAGCAGUGGGAGAGGUGUAACACCUAGCAGCAAAUAUUAUCAGCGAGGUCUUUCUACUUCUGACUGUUACAAAUACCUGAGACAAUUUUCAUAGGAAUCUACGUGUCCCCUAUGUCUUCAGAAACUUAACAUUUGAAGGGCUGUGCCUAAUCUGCUUGUCAGUUAGCGUACCUCUUCAUUGUACUUCCAUGGGCUUUUUCCCAUGGAAGUCCAAAGACAAUGUGCUGUUAGUCAGCCAGAGUUAGUGUGCUGAAGCUCAAUUGUUUAAUAAUACUAGGUGCCUUAGAAACCGAGGCUGUUUUUAGGACAUUUAUGACUAUAUUAAACAUGAGAAUCACUACUGCCUGUGCUGACACCAGUGAGAAAGUUGCUGCUCAGGUGCUGAGUUCUCAUUUUAGUUGAUGCCUGUGAAUUUCAGAAGUUUUGAACCAUGGUCCCUGGAAAACCUAAGUUCUCAUGUGUUGCCUUCCCUGUUGUUCACUGAGGAUCCAGGGGCUGCAUUAACCCUUACUUUAGUGUGAACAUCUUGUCUGUUGAGCACCAAGUGCUUCUUCCCUGCUUGCAUAUUCUGAGGCUCCACAGCAGCUUCUCCAGUGUGUAAUACUGUGGUAAUGUGGUUGCCAACUGUCGACUGUUACUUCCACGUAAGCUUUCUUGUCUGUUCAAUGCAGCUUGGUUUCCACAACCCUGUGCGUGUCUUCUUUUGCUUGCAAACACAAAAUCACCAGCAUAAAUAUUAAAAGUGAUUCAGCUCAUCAGCCAUUAAAUGGCAGGCAUCUUAUGGGUGGCUACAGAAACUCUUGCAGCCAGAAAACUUGUCAGUCCUCUUGACUACAUUUUGAUUUAGUUUAAUUAAAAUAAAAUUGAUUUCCUCAAGGAAAUGGAGAAAUGGCUCAGUGGUUAAGAGCACUAGCUAUUCUUCCAAAGGACCCAGGUUCAAUUUCUCAGCACCCACAUGGUAGUUUACAGCUCUCUGUUAACUCCAGUUCCAGGGGACCUGACACACUCAUACAGACAUACAUGCAGGCAGAACACCAAAGCACAUAAAAUAAAAAUAAAUGAAAUUUAUCUCCACACAAUAGAAUUUGUUAAAACUAAAAUUGUGGGUAUUUGAGAGAUAUCUAAAUCAAGGUUGGGUUGAGCUUGAGUCGGUGGUUUUAGUCCAGCUCAAUGCCAGUUCUGAUACAUUCUAUAGAAUGUAUUGGUGUAAUAUGAGAAACAGGUGAUCCUUGUGCCAUUAUCCUGUGGAAUCUAGUUCUUAGGGAGUCCUACAACUAAUUAGAGCACUUACAAGGAACCUAAGGGUUCCUGCUGUUUACACAAGAUUGUUUACGCUUUCUGGUCAUAAGAAAAGGGACUUCUAUCUCCGGCCAAAUCAGAACCGCUGGCCAGUUCUAGAUCUGCCCUGCUUUCCAGAGAACUCCCAGAGAUCUUGACAGAGGGGUCUGCAUUUCAUUUGUAGCCCAUCCUGGCAAGGUAGCACUUUGACCUCCUUUUUUUUCUCUCUUUGCUUCAUUCCACCCAUAAAGGUGAAGGAAAGACCUUGUCCCCUCCCUUAGCACAAGCUCAUCAUGCAUCACCAGUUGGUUUCCGGGUGUAUGCCGUCUUAGCUGUGUCUUCAGCAGCCCCUGAGCCACUUGCAGCAUCUCCUACCUAGGGAAACCUGCAUUGCCCCAUUCCUGCAGUUGUUUCCCAUUGAAUAAAUGUGGGGUUUCCUGAAAAAGCAAGCAAUAGUUAUUUUUGUAUUUAUUUUGAAAAUGUACUGAACUUUUUGAGGUCCUAUUUUCUGUAUGUGUUCUUAUUUUUUUCAUAUUCCAUAAUAAACAUUUUUAUCAGAAAGUUGAAUGUCACCAUAAAAUAUCAGCUACCUUUCCCCUCUGUGUUUUGAAAAAAGGAAAUGGUAUUUAAAAGCUUCCUGGUCAGAUUUCUAUUUAAAAGAUGCCUGUAUCAGGUGGUAAGAACAGUCAUUUCCUGCCUUGGUUUUGGUUUUUUGUUUUGUUUUGUUUUUUUAAACUCCCAGCAUCUUGAGGUUUUUUUUUGCCUAAGUUAGAGUUUUUUGACUAAGUUAAACUUUUCCCAGCAUGAGGAUAUCCCUGCCUGUAGAGAAAGUUGGACUAGAUGUUUCUAGUGUAUGUAUUGAGAUGCUCAGUGUUAAGCCACAAACACUGACAAUCCUGGCUUUAACAGUGGGAAAUCAGUGUGACUCCCCACUACUGACACAGUGCCUUAUUUUAAUGUGUAUCACCUAAAGUACGUCUAAUGUAGUUUUAUGACUUCUCAAAUUUGAUGUUUAUAAUGAGCCAACUGAUUAUCUUAUGACAGUCACCAUGAAUGCAGAGUAAAAUGAUCAAGCUGGUUUUUUAGACACACUUCUUAGUUGUCAUCCCAUCCCCCCAGCUCCCCACCCCAGUCCUAAGCAUUCUCAUUUCACCAGUUGGUCUGUAAGAAUCUGACCUGUGUCUGCAGUAUGUUGGUCAUGGUUUCUUAACAAUUGUUUUCUCUUCCAAAAAUGUCCAGCUCAUUAUUGAAGAUUUUUCUCCAAGGCAAAUAUUUUCCUAUUAGAAAUCAGACCUGGCCUGGUGGUGAUUGUAGUUUGGUAAUUGGUUACUGCCCUUUGGCUAUGACCAUUUCUGGCUGUUCAAUGUUUCCUUCCAAAAAGGAGGGAAGGGUGAAUUAGAAUGCAAGAAGGGCUUUUAUCACCCUAAUGAAAUCAACUGACAGGCGUUGGAUGAUAUCUCACAGUUAAAUUUCAUGACUGGCAUAAGGUGGAAUUUUUAUCAGUAUCAGGCAAAUUAAGACUAACUUGUGAAUUAUGUGUGCAAUUAGACUGUUCUCUUAAUAGAGAAGUUACUUGCUACUGCUUUAUAAGAGUUUCCUUAAUUUCUUGUGACCAGAAAAGAUUUUAAUUACUAGAGGUUUUUCUAACUUAAGACUUUGAAGUGCUUUUCUUUUUUUUUUUUUUCUGUUAUUAACCCACUUCUUUUCUGACAUGCCUUAAGUCCUCUUCAUUGUCUUAAUAUAAAAUGCCAUUACUUGGUUUUGUGGGGUGUUUGGUUUCCUAGACGCCGUAAGUGGGUGACUAGGGUAUAGUCAAUUGUCAUUUGAUAGUCUGUUGAAAUACUCUUUAAAUGUCAGCAUUCUCAGAGUAGCUGUCAUGUGUGAUUGUCUGCGGAAUGAAAUGGACUGGUGCUUCCCAAUUCCCAGAAACCAGAAAAAUGAACCAAGUGUGAUCAACCUGAACAAGUUAACACUCAGUCACAAGCCUUGAGGUCACUCAAAUGGAGUUAACCUAGUUAUUUCUCUGAGUGUCACCCGUGUCUUUGAUGUUUUAAACUGCUCAACCCCCACCAAAAAAAAAAAAAAAAUCAGGUUAAUAGAAAAGCAAAACAGGAAAACAAUUCUAGUUGAAAACGUGGAGUGUGGAGAGGUGUUCAUUGUCCUGCCCAGUGUCUCCUUAGCAGAACCCAGCCCUACCUGACAGAGAAAGGAAAGGGUAGCCUGCUGGACACUUGCCCCUCAGAAUGUAGUACAGAGUGACUCCUGGAAAUACAGUUCCCUUUUGUGUGGGCCCCAGGGGAGGGCCAAAGUCCUGUUCUAGUCAGUGUUGUGGCCCCUGUUCCUAACAUACUGUGUGUGGGCCUGAGCAAUAACUAGCAACACUCAAUGAAAGCCAGGUGGAAGCCGGCUGGCUUCUGGGUAGCCAGCCUGCUGACCAUGUAAGUUGCUAAAGUGAGUGUUCUGUUUCUGCUUUUUCCCCAGCACUUUGUCAUAGCAGUUCUCAAAUACAGAGAUAUAUUUAAAGUCUAGUGAACAUCUACCACCCAAGACUGCAGGAAUGUUUGUUAGGUUUGCCCUGUUGUGUGAUGUUCCUUCUACUUUCUUUAAGACUGUUCAGUCCUGAAAUAAACGGCUUGGAGUUGUCUAAAAUUUCCCUUGGAAACUUGUGAUGUUUUAUUGUAAUACAAAUGUAGCCUCUGCUUUAUACCAAUGUAAAAUUUGUGUGACUGUUGUGUGGAACUUUAAUCACAUUUCUUUGUCUCCAGGAGUAUUUUUAUAUAAAGGAUUUAUUUGCAA